AGUAUCCUUCUGUCUGAAGAGGAGGAACUCCUGACCCAAGUAGACAUCCAAGGGAGCAUCGAUAAAGUCAACAGGCUUUCCGCUAUCGAAGAAAUCAAUGCUGUGAUUCGAGAAGGUCAUCCCAGUGACACCAUGACUGCACUCAUGAAACCUGAGGCCCAGCUCCCUCCCGUUCUUCCAUUCGCUGCCGUUAUGUAUCAGAAUGAGCUGUUCAACCUUCAGAAAGAGAAUUCUCUGCACUACCUUUCCCCCGAGGAGGUGUCCACAACUGUCGAGAUGGUGUCAGGUGUUGCUUUGCUUAACCAAGCUUUGGAAACUGAGGACCUUUUGUUGACACAGGAGCGUCUCAGAAAUCCUUCAGUAGAUUUCCAUAACCUGCAUGAAGACCACCUGGAACGGUAUGCUAGCAGGCUCGUGUCCCUCAAGAGCCAAGCCUCAUCUCAAGGACAAGAACACUUGAGCCGGGAUGAAAUCCAAAACGAAAUUGAUGAGGUCAAUUUGGAGAUUCAAGAAGUAGACGAAAUGCAUGCUGCCGUCAUUGCAAUUAUUGAAGCUGUGAAGAAGGGCAUCGCAGAGGAGACUCUUAUAACUCUGAAGGAUCCAAAAGCCGUUUUAACCUCUGUGGAUGAUAGGCUGGCCGACAAUUACCAAAAGGAACUUUGGGAAGCCAAGCAGAAAAAGGAAGAGGAGAGUAUCCUUCUGUCUGAAGAGGAGGAACUCCUGACCCAAGUAGACAUCCAAGGGAGCAUCGAUAAAGUCAACA